CAUCAUAUAACCAAAAACUUUCGAGAGGAAAUGUCAAAAGAACUUGACAAUCUAAGCCGUAAGCUUGAAGCCAUUUCUACAAGAGUUGACAGUUUGGACGCCGCCAUUGAUGACUUACUGAAGUACAGCUUUCAGUAUAACAUCAAAAUUAUUGGCUUUCCUGAACAGGAUGAACACGAGUCUUCUGAAACCACCACGCAGUUGUGUUUAAAGCUUUUCCAUGCUAUCGGAGCCGAGGGAGUGACGAAAAACGACAUUGAUAUCGCUCAUAGAGUGGAUGGCCGAAGGGCUGACCGCCAUUACCCAAGACCUAUUGUGUGCAAGUUUAUAAGACGACUGGCCAAAGAAGAAGUCAUGGCUCAUUGUAAUGAAACUUCCAACUUAAACCCUGAUGAUCUGGAUUUAUCUGCUGAUUUUCACACGAGAAAUAUCCAAAUUCAUGAACACCUGAUCCCGAGAUUACAGCAACUUCUUAGCGAGACAAACAAAUCGAAAUCAACACAUCAAUUCCAGUACGUCUGGGUGAAGAACUCUGAGAUUCUGGCUCGUAAAUCUAGUAGUUCUCAGGUCUUCAAAUUAAAACGCAUGGCCGAUCUUGACAAUCUGAAACAAAGCUUGGUCAGUAAUCCAACUCAGGAUUAAGGAGAUAAGUGUGUUAAUUGUUAUUCGUUUAUAAUCUUAAUGAUGUGAUACAGUUAUUGGAAAUGGCUUUGCACAAAGAGAUGAAAAAUCUCGCUAAAGAAACAAAUUUCUGUUGAUGGAAUUGCCAUAUUAUAACUGGAAAGAUCUGAAAAAUGCCCACCCGCAGUAUAACGCUUUACUGGACAC